AUGCCUCCUCUCGCUACAAAGAGAUCUGCCUCCAUGAGGCGGAUGUAUGCCAGACCUCCUUUGUCUCCAGAUGAGCGUUUGGAGCAGCUUCUUCAGUCUGACGCGAUGCGCGACUAUUGUCGUCGUGCGCGGCCGGCCCCCUCUCCAACCUGGUACGAGUCACUCGAGUCAUUUUACUACUUCGCUUUUCGCCCUGUCUACAGUUUCAAGCGUGCUGUGCUCCUGGUCUUGGCUCUCGUGGCGCUCGGCCUGCUCUGUCUGUGGCCAUUCCCCAGUGGCCCACUCGAAAACCCGCCGACCAUACAUGCACAGCAAAAUGGGGCCACUCUGGAUGGGCACCACAACCCCAGCGCAUCUUGCGCACAGAUUUGCACCUCAUUCGAUCUGCUGUCUUUGCCCGCACCCGCUCAUCCGCAGAUCCUCUGGCUCAGUUCCAGAGCCACGGAUUACGCUCCAGAUUGGCUGCGCGAUCUGCCGCUUGGCUGGCCGUUGAACAGUUUUGGGCGUACUAAUUCGGUAGUACCGCCUAUCUGGAGAACGAAUGCGCUGGCAGAUCAAGUGAAAGCCGAAGCAAGCCAGUUUGUCGGACUUGGAGUGAUCAAGCUUCUCAAUCGGUACACCGAAUCAUUCAACAGCUCCACGCCCAACGAUGAAGACCAGUCUGUCUUUCAGCUUCACCUGCACCAACUCAACCUGUACUCUUGGCUCUCGCAUUCCGGCGCCACUCCGAACGAACGCGAAGCCCUUCUUGCUGCAAUGGCCUGGGCGAGCGACACUGCAGAUCUCGACAGGAUGGUCCGCCUUCGUGAUGCUGUGUCUUCAGGCAUCUCCGAGUUGCGCACCACGAUCGGCGAUGGGGUCGCACAUAUCAACCAAAGCAUCGCACUUGGCCGCGGGCCCUGGUCUCCUUGCCACACUGACACGGACUGCGUGAACGAAUGGCGACCCGACCUCGACUACCUCCGCUUGCUCACUUCAUGGACGCACUUUGUCGAACUCAACGUGCUGACGUGUUGGCACAUCGCUGAUGCCAUGGCAUUUUUCACCCGCUAUCUGUCAGAUCAGCUUGGUUCCGAUGUCGACACCAGUGUCAUCAAGGAAGCCUACAAGAAGAAGCUCCACUACAUCGGCAACCGGGCGGGACUCUAUGCUGCUCGUCAGUGGGCACUCGAUCAACACCAGAUCAGCGGAAAGAUGGUCGAAGCAUGCGGGACCUGCUUUGCGAACACGUCUGCUUGGUCCUACUGGUGGCAGCCCUACGAUGGCACAGCGACCGCUCUGGAUGUUCUCGAACCUCACGAUCCAAUUUUGCGCAGCGCACGGCUUCACGGCAAGCCCGAGGCUGGUCGUGAACGGGGUGGCUUUCCCAUCAGAGCACCUUCUGACUUCCGCAAGUACAAACCUGCACUGAACGGAGAGCAUUGCUUGGGCAUCGAUCACAUUUGGGGUGACGAGCUUGAUCAACAAUUGGAGGGCAAGGUAGACAUGCGAGCGAACGAUCCGUACAGGAUUGAGACUCAAUCACUUCAAUUGGGCCUGGACUUGAUGUGGGGGAAGGUGUGGUGCAUUGCCAACCCCAAGCUGGUGAAGAACACGCAUCUGGGGCUGCUGGAGGCGUCUGAGGCAUAUGCUUUGCACUGGGUGAAGGACAGGGAGCGACGAUGGGAACGAAGGAACUUCGUGCACGAGGCGUGGAAUGAGGAGUGGUUUGAUUUGACAGCGGUUGCGGAUCUCAGAUGGUGUUUGAUUCGGCUGCUGACCAUCUCAUAUCAUGGCGGAGAUUCAUUGCUGACUGCACUUCACGUCGAGACGAGAAUUGACGAUGCUGUUCGCUUCUCACUGCUUCCAAACAAUACCUUUGCCUUCUUGCACUCCGCCAAUUCGAUUCAAUCCAACCCGCACGUCAUAGCGCUCGACAAGGUGGGAAUAACAUGCUUGAAUACGAGGUACAGCACGACAGCGGAAACAGAAGGCAGCCAGGCAGUGAAGCCCGUAGGCCAGAAGCUCAGGACUGAGACUUCGAGCAAGAAGCCAGAAGAAGCAAAGAAGGUUCUUGUGAGCGUGAGGAUGAUGCCCAAAGCGAGACUCUUUAUAAGCCAAUCCGACAAAUUCUAA